GUUUUCAGUUCUCUCCGUUCCGCGAUCUCCCGGCAUGGCUCGGCGCCGGAGUUUUCGACGGUCUUCCAGAUCCGUCUCCAGUUGGCGAUAUCGGAGACCCCACUUCGAUAGCCGGGCAAGAUCGAUUGAGCCUCGCAAUCGCUCGCGAGAUGAGCGAAGUCGCAGUGAGGUGAUCUUGAGAGGUCGAUCUGAAUUUGACCGAUCACGUUCACGAUCUGAUCGGCAUCACAGGUGGGAACGAGUUCCGCUGAGCCCGUCGCCGUACAGGAGAGCUCCGGCAGCUGAGGCUUCUUCAAGGAGAACACCGUCGCCUUCAGCUAGACGUUACACUCCAGAGAGACCUCCCAAAGAUUUGGAGGCCUCAGAAAAGAGAAGACGAAGAGUGAGGCGGAAGCCAGGUCGAGAAGAUCCGAGAAGCCCUCCAGCAUGGUCAGAGAGGCAAAGCUCUCCUUGUCAGGCUUGUGAAACCGCAAAGCCGCGGCGUACCAAAGUUGCAGAUGCUGAUGUUGAAAGCCGCAAUGGUCGUAGCGCCAGGCAUGAUGAUUCACACAGUUCGGACACAGGUGCAGGACCUCCCGGAGAGUGGAGGUGCAGCAGCAAAUCCAAGGACCUCUAUCGUUCAAGACGCAGGUCUGGACAGUACAUGCAGAUGGCUCAACAGGCCGCUAUGAUGCGUUUCAUGCAUCCUGGAUACAUGGCCAUGAUGCAGCAGCAGAUGUGGAUGCCUCAUUUGAUGGGCGUGCCGUGGGCAUCUGUUCCCAAGAAAGCAUCGCGCAAAGGGUCUUCGAGCUAUAGCAGCGAUUCCAGCGAGAGAUCAGGAACCAGGUGGCCAGCUGCGGCGCCGCAACAUCUACCUGGUCCAGAUGUAGAGGCUUUCUUGGGCCAGGAUGUGGAGGCUGAGGUGGCGGAUCGAUUUCGAGCGAUGCCACCCCAUUUACAGCAGGAGGUCAUGCGGCGAGGGCCAUUGGAUGCCAGGAGUCCAACUUCCAUGUUGCUAAGCCGCAUGAAGCAGGCCGUCGAGGCGGAUCGUCAUGGUCAGCUGCGAGGUCCCGGAGAUGGUGGGCUUCGGCCCAUCAAGCAGUCGGCAAAGAAUGCGAUCGAGGCGCUCAUUUCAGACUUCAACCUGAACCCUAGCUGUGCUUGGAUGUUGCGGUCUUUGACUCCAGACAAGCAGAAAUUGGCUGCUAAGAUCGACCCAUCUGGCCAAGAUGAUGCGUCAGGGUACGUGGCUGAAGAAUUAAAAAAGAUCGUCUGAGGUUUCACUUUAGCC